GUUCCGUUUUAGUGUCCUCGUACGUCUACAGUACCAAAUGUGGCCCUGCUCUGCCUUUUUAGUUCCGUGGUGCGUGUUUGGUUCUGGGCGUAGAAGAGACGUGGCUGCGGGAGGAGCUGACUAGCCGAGAUAUUUUCAGGACACUGCACACACAGCAGCCGCUAGUACUGUAGCUGUGUACAGCUUGAGAGAAGGGACUGGAUGGCAGGGUCAGUCUGGAGCUCAAACUACAGGUGCUCAAGCCCAUGUUGGAGUGUGUUAGGACUGGAUUCAGAAUGAAAGGACCGAGACUGGCGUUGUGUUUAACCCUGAGCGUCGCUGCCUUGCUGCUUCCUUUGUCGUGGAGCCACAGAUCCAGUGCUAAGAAGAUGCCCCAGACCGCGGUGGUGCAGGCUGCGGCUGGCACUCGCUGGUGGUGCGCCGAGGAGCUGCUGAGUUUCGGGGCGCUGUCGGAGCUCUUUGUGGGGGAGAGGGUUGACGCCUGGGUCUGCUCUCUCAUUGGCUCGGUGAUGGUCGGCCUCAGUGGCAUCUUUCCCCUCCUGGUCAUCCCCAUCGAGGCUGGGGCCACCCUGAAAACCGAAGCGGGUUCCCAGAAGCUGAAGCAGCUGCUGAGUUUUGCGAUUGGUGGCCUGCUGGGUGACGUCUUCCUGCAUCUCCUGCCAGAGGCCUGGGCUUACUCCUGCAGCAGCAGUGGGACAGGUGGGAGCCACAGUCACCAGCAGCACAAGACUAUGGGUCUCUGGGUGAUAGCAGGGUUGCUGACCUUCCUCAUCCUGGAGAAAAUGUUCCCUGACAGAGAGAGGGAGGAAGAGGAUGAAUCCCCGUCUAGCUGCACAGACUCUGAUGCCAGUUUUCACAAUGGAGCCUGCGCUGGACAGAUAAUCUCUCUGAAAGAUAAGACCAGACACUCCAAUGGUCACUGCAGUAGCUCUACGAAGAAGCCCAAGACAAUGUUACGCCAAACUACAGAGACCAUAAAGACGAGCGGUUAUUUAAACCUUCUGGCCAACUGCAUUGAUAACUUCACACACGGACUGGCUGUGGGAGGCAGUUUUCUUGUCAGUAGAAAGGUCGGCUUUUUAACAACGCUGGCUAUUCUUCUUCAUGAAAUUCCUCAUGAGGUGGGGGACUUUGCCAUCCUGUUGAGAGCCGGGUUUGACCGGUGGAGCGCUGCCAAGAUGCAACUCUCCACAGCGUUUGGCGGGGUGCUGGGAGCUGGCUUCGCAUUGUGUGCACAGUCCCCUAAAGGAGCAGAAGGCACAACCUCCUGGAUCUUGCCAUUCACUUCUGGAGGAUUCCUGUAUAUAGCUCUGGUCAAUGUAGUGCCUGAUCUUCUUGACGAGACCAAUCUUAGGCAGUCUGUCCUGCAAGUCCUGCUCAUGUGCAGUGGUAUUGCAGUCAUGGUCGUAAUGUCAGCAAUAAUUGAGUAAACUCUUCGGGAGCAGAGCCAUGUGACAAUCGGCAAGCUGGAAGAAGGACAAGAACAAUCGCCCAACAGACUACUCAGGACCCUUCUGAAACAGCCACCCGACAGACUGCUCAGGACCCUUCUGAAACAGCUACCCGACAGACUGCUCAGGACCCUUCUGAAACAGC